ACCCCUGCAGCUCUGGCGGUGAGAGCAGGAACAGGCACGGACUGUGAGUGACUUGGAUUGGUGGAGGAUGAGCGCCAUAUUGUGACUGGUUGAAGAGAGGGAGGAGAAAUCUGCAGCUGCAGCUCCGGACUAUCGUCUGCUGAAGCCCAUCAGCUCCGAAAGGACACAUUGAGCGGCUCAGCCACACACACAGACACACAGACACACAGGCACAGACACAGACACAGACAGACACAGCUCUCCAGUUCUCCUCUGAGCUGAAACUCCAACAGAGCCAGGAAGAAGAAGAAAAAAAAGGACAGAAAAAAUGCCUAAAGCGGUCAACGUUCGCGUCACCACCAUGGACGCUGAGCUGGAGUUUGCCAUCCAGCCCAGCACCACCGGCAAACAGCUGUUUGACCAGGUGGUAAAAACCAUCGGCCUGCGUGAAGUCUGGUACUUUGGACUGCAGUACAUGGAUGGAAAAGGUUACCAAACUUGGCUGAAACUGGACAAAAAGGUGUCGUCCCAGAAAGUGAAGAAAGAGAACCCGCUUCAGUUCAAGUUUCGCUCCAAGUUCUUCCCAGAGGACGUGUCGGAGGAGCUGAUCCAGGAGAUCACCCGGAAGCUCUUCUUCCUGCAGGUGAAGGAGAGCAUCCUGAGCGACGAGGUCUACUGCCCACCAGAGACCGCCGUGCUGCUGGCCUCCUACUCUGUUCAGGCCAAGUUUGGAGACUGCAACAAAGAAGUCCAUCGACCGGGAUACCUGGUGUCUGAGCGGCUGCUGCCAAACAGAGUCCUGGAGCAGCACAAAUUGUCCAGAGAACAGUGGGAGGAGAGGAUCCAGGUGUGGCACGAGGAGCACCGUGGGAUGCUGAAAGAGGAUGCUAUGCUGGAGUACCUGAAGAUCGCCCAGGACCUGGAGAUGUACGGGGUGAACUACUUUGAAAUAAAGAAUAAGAAAGGAACCGAGCUGUACCUGGGAGUGGACGCCCUGGGACUGAACAUUUAUGAGAAAGAUGACAAACUGACGCCAAAGAUCGGCUUCCCUUGGAGUGAAAUCAGAAACAUUUCCUUCAACGACAAGAAAUUCAUCAUCAAGCCCAUUGACAAGAAAUCACCAGACUUUGUGUUUUACGUCCCACGGCUGCGUAUCAACAAGCGCGUCCUGCAGCUGUGCAUGGGCAACCAUGAGCUGUACAUGCGCCGCCGCAAGCCCGACACCAUCGAGGUGCAGCAGAUGAAGGCCCAGGCCCGAGAGGAGAAGCAGCAGAAGCAGAUGGAGAGGGCCCAGCUGGAGAAUGAGAAGAAGAAGAGGGAGGCCAUCGAGAAAGAAAAGGAGCAGAUGGAGAUGGAGAAGCAGGAUCUGAUGAUGAGGCUGUACCAGUUUGAGGAGAAGACCAAGAAGGCGGAGAAAGAGCUGCAGGACCAACUCCAGAGAGCCAUGAUGCUGGAGCAGGAGCGGAGGAGAGCCGAAGAAGAAGCAGCUCGUCUGGAGGUGGAGCGUCAGGCUGCCCUGCUGGCCAAAGAGGAGCUGGCCCGUCAUGCUGAGGACCAGAAGAAGAGCCAGGAGCAGCUGGCUGCAGACCUGGCAGAGCACACAGCCAAGAUCUCCCUGCUGGAGGACGCCAGGAGACGCAAGGAGGAGGAGGCCAACACAUGGCAGCUGAGGGCCAGAGAGGCUCAGGAUGAUCUGAUGAAAACCAAAGAGGAACUGCACAUGGUGAUGGCGGCACCUCAGCCCCUUCCUCCUCCUCCUCCUCCCGCCCUGUACGACCACAUGGACGAGAACAGCGACAGCGAUGAGAACGUCAGCACGCACAGCGCAGACCUGCUGAUCGGAGGCAUCAACGACCACCGCAUGGAGGAGGACCGCCUGACCGAGGCCGAGAAGAACGAGCGUGUCCAGAAACAGCUGAGGACACUGACCUCAGAGCUGGCUCAGGCGCGUGAUGAAUCCAAGAACACCCAGAACGACCUCCUUCACUCCGAGAACGUCAGGCACGGCCGCGACAAGUACAAGACCCUGCGACAGAUCCGACAGGGCAACACCAAGCAGAGGAUUGACGAGUUCGAGGCCUUAUAAGGAGCCCAGGACCCUUUCUGAAUGGUCACCGACACACAUAUCGACACAUAACCAGCACAAUCGCACACAACGUAGCUCAAACGUGGCGGUGGCAGACGAAAAGUGGAUCAGCAAGAGCACAGCAGAAGAAUCACAUCCCAGAGAGAUGAGCUCCAGUUGUUACGUCUGUCUGGCAAAAUACAGGGCUUUGCAAUUCCUUAGUGCCAAAACCUCCUCUCCUUGUAGUCUUUAUUAUCUCACUCUGUGUAUUUGAUUGUGAACUCCGUGAUCACUUUUGUCUGCUUUUUUUAUCCAGACAUCAUGAUGAUGAAGGUGGGGACUAGCCAAAAUUUAUUAUUAUUAUUAUUAUGUACUUAAUCCAAGCCUGUCCUCUUAUUGAUGUCUGUCUUUUGUUGCGUUGGAAAAUUCAAAAAACAAUAGUGUCCUUGUUCUAAUUGUGACCACUCAGAAAGGGGUGAGACAGUAUAAGCAGAAAUAUAUAUGUUUUAUUUUGUUUUUCAUUAUAUUUGGACACUUCCAUUUAUGUUCAACAUUGCUAUACAGUAGUUUUAAUCAUUCCUAGUUUGAUAUUUAUACUGUAUAUGGGACAUUAAAAAGGGUAUUUCGUCUUGGUUUGUAUAUUUUUUUUUUUUGCUAUCUACUAAUGAUAAAGAAAGGUUUUAUAUAUUGACCAAAACAAUAGACGUCCUAUGUUCCAUAUGUUUUCCUUUAGAUCAAUAAAUUAAGGAGAUUUAAUUGUAAAUUAUUAUUUUUACUGUAGGUCAUAUCCAGCUGAUUGCCGUGAAAUCAGUGGAAGAGGAGAUUGCUGUCUAUCGAGGUACUUUUCAAUUAGUUGCCAUACAGUUUGCGGCAUCGCUGCUGAGGAACGUCUGUUCUCCGAGACCCCGUGUUGACUGGGACAUUUAGGUCUAAUCUGUUUUUUAAUUUCUGUCUGUUCUGUGUGGUGUCGCUGAAGAGUGGGAAUUAAGCAUGUGUUGUGUGUUCUUAACCUCCAGAGUGGCCUUGCUGUCCUGACGUAGAGUCACAGAAAUUGGAUGUAACUUUCAGAAACUUUUUGUGUCUGUGUUAACCUCAAGAAAGGAUCACUGAGGGUGGAGGUGGAAAUGUUAGAGAGAAUUUUCAGCAGUUUUGGUCACGAAGGACUUAAACCAGACAGUAUAACGCCAACAUGUCACUCUCCUCUCUCUGGACAUGGACUAUAGUAGCAUCUACUUACACUGUAAUGGAAACACAGCUCUGCUGGUCGUUGUAUAUGAACAUGAUUUUAUAAUGAGGUGUUCAACAUACAGGCAAUAAACAAAUUCUGUAAUUCCA